AUGUUCUUUUACAACAUGUUUCGCAUGCAUAUUAGGCAAAUUAUUUCACACGUUGUUAAAGACCGGUUUGACGUUGCUAUAAACCGAAUAACAAAGUUACUACGUGUCGUCCCUAAAGAGCAUUAUAACGAAUAUUAG